GACUUAUAAUUUUAGAUAUAUGAAAUAAUGUUCAAAGUAAUAAAAUGCAAAAAUAAUAUUCGUUUAAUGUUGUAUGAAGUACAAGUUACAUAUAAUAAGUAAAAUAAUAAAUAAAUUUUUUCUGUACACUAUCUUCUGUGCAAAAAUUACUCUAAUAUAAUACAUGGAGAUAAAAAUCGAUUUUAGAUUUACAAACUACUUUAUAUUUCAAUGAGCCAACGGGAUUUAUUAUAUAACGUAGCCAUCCUUUGCCUUGUGGCGUUGUUAAAUCUUACCAUCUACCCCGUGAUACGUUUUAUAUUCAUAGUCUGUGCGAAAAUUGCUCCUAGAGCACAAUAAAGAUUAUACGAGCCAUAAAGUAAAUUCAGCCUACCCUGCCGAUGUUUAUUUAAGCGUGGGAGAAAUGCUACGGGGCUUUUUUUAAUUUUAUCUCUAUCUUUAUUCUUACCCACUUUUUCCAGAUGUAUACUGCAGCUUAUAAACGAGCUGAGACAAACCGACCGUGGUUACUGUGGAACCGUCGUAUCGACCGGGUGAGAGAAUUCCUCUUCUAGACGUCGAGGGCACUGACUGAAAUUCUGAAUAAACCUGCACUCUCAUGAAAAUGGCUAGAACUACACAUUCACCGUGAACCACGGUUAACAAAGAAGGUUCCUUUCUAUGGGAAGGCUGUUGGAAACAAGUGAUGAUCGCGAUUUCGAAUCGCGUCUGACAUUUUUACAAAAAUUGUUUAUCAAAAUUAAAAAUGUGGCGACCACGAGCAUCCCUUUUACAACGUGAUACCUCCGUUUUUAUAUCUACGCUUUACAAUAACCUUCACACGUCGCAAAUUUUCGCAGGAAAAGCAAAAAGGAAAGAAGAUAAAAGCUGUAAACCGGUAUCUGUAGCCGUAGUAUUAUGCGGAUGUGGCCGACUUGAUGGCACCGAAAUUUCGGAAGCUAUUUCAACAGCCAUACAUUUACGGCAUAAAAAAAUAAUGCCGCUAUUUUAUGCUCCGGACAUCGAGAUUAAUGGCCUAGUCAAUCAUCUUACCAAACAGAUGGAUACUACAAGUUCUAGAAAUGCUCUCGUUGAAGGUGCUAGAUUAGCAAGAGGAUGCAUAAAACCUCUAUGCGAGUGUGAAGUUUGCACGCAUGGCGCCCUAAUUAUACCUGGAGGAUUUGGCGCUGCACGCACUUUGAGUGAUUUUGCCCAAAAAGGUACCGAUUGCACCGUUUUACCCGAGUUAGAGAAGCUCAUCAUCGACUUUUACUGUGAGAAGAAACCGAUCGGCACUAUGUGCAUAGCUAGUGCGCUUGUUGCAAAAGUGUUGAAGGGUGUGAAAGUUACGCUUGGCAAAGAAUCACCCAAAAACGACUGGCCAUACGCUGAAGCUAUCAAACAGGUCAAGGCUAUGGGCGCUAAGAUAGAAAUGAAAGAUGUUAAAGGAGUAACCUUAGACAAGAACUACGGCGUUCUCAGCACACCGGCCUGGCUGUACGAACCAGCUACUUAUUCAGAUGUUUACGAUGGUAUUGGUAAACUUGUCACAAUGUUAAACAAAUGUAUCAGUAGGUAAUACGUAUACAAAUGUCUCUAAAAAUCAUACUAUGUGAUACCAAAUUACACUUUAAUAAUUUAAUCUAUCAUUUGUAUGUACUUUGCAUUUAUUUAUAUAUACAGGCAAUAAUUUUUUGUUAUAU